AACUUUAACAGAGUACUCAAAGUUUUAGUUAUCAGUUUUGAAUUUAAUGAUAAUGAAUUUAGUUAGCUCAGCACAAUGCGAUAUAUUUACAUAAUUCUGCUGCUCAACAUUGGCUGUUUAUCCGAGAGUUAUAUCAUCAGAUCCCGCGAUAAGGUCCACAACAAAAGACAUCUGAAUGUGUAUCCCGAUCUGGUCAGGUUGGAAGAAGGCGGCUCCAAGAAAGAAGGUGGCGAAGGACAUGAAUGCUCCAACACCAACAAGAAUUGCGGCAGCUCGCUGGGCAAAACAGAUCCCAAGGCGAAAGCAUCCAACAUUGCACAGAAAGCAGCGCAGGAAGCAAAGGCUGCAAAUGAUGCACAAAUGGCUGCAGCUGAGGCAGCUGCCGCACAAGUAAAAUCUGAGCUGGCAGAUCGAGCGUUGCAAUCGGCACGAGCUGCAGAGGCAGCUUUGGCUGGCAAACAGCAGAUCAUGGAGCAACUGGAGACGGAGCAUCGCGAGGCCGAAGCUGUUGUCCAAGAUGUGACAAACUCGCUGCAGAAUACACAAACAAAUGCAGCUGCUGCUGGAGAUGCUGCAGCCGAGGCGAAAACACAGCUCGAGAAACUAAAGCAAUUGGUUCAAGCAGCCAUGACAAAUCUGAGCAACAUUGAGAAUGUCUCGACAGGAGCUCAGCAGGAGUUGGCCGAGAAGACGCAGCUUCUGGAGGCGGCCAAGAAUCGAGUGGAGAACUUGGGGCAUCAGCUGCAAGCUGCCAAGCAGGACUUUGAGAAGACCAAGAAGGCGGCCUACAAAGCUGCCUGCGCAGCUGUCGAGGCUAAGCAGAAGGCUCAAAGGACUCGCCGCAUGGCGCACAGAAGAGUGCAUUAAUUGUGUGGAUUAUUAAUUGAGUUACGAUUAUAUUUUAUAGAUA